GUGCAAGAGAGCCGUUGUUGAAAUUAUGGUUGAGAGAAAACGAAUUGCCCAUGAGGCAUUGAUGAAAAACAAUCAGAAGCUUCUGUUUGAUAUGCUCGAUUCAUUUGAUGGGCCGAAAAUUAUUGUCUGGGAUCCAGCUCUGAUCAAACGAUUCAACAUGGAGCAUCGCGUUGUCUCGAUGUUGCAAUUGGAACUGUUGCCUGGCGUGCCGCAGGCUGAACACAAUCACGUUUUGUAUAUUUUAUCUGGUGAUAAAUCGAGUGUCAAGAAGCUAGUCACAUGCCUGAAGCACGCCCAUUCUGAUUGGACGGAACUCGAGAAAUGUGCCUCGGCAAUACUACAGUUCGAAAAGUUAAGCAGUUGUUUGCCCACUUUCAGAUGCAAAGGAAAAUGGGCAGCGCAAGCGCACGAUGAAGAAUGAGA